AUGACAAGAGACGAGGCAGAGUUCAAAAUCGAAGAGGGCGCCCGCGUGUUGGUGCGUGGCAAGUACGCAGGGGUAAUCCGGUACGUGCCGCCGCGUCGAUCGGCUCUUGUGGGCGUAGAGCUCCUUCGAGCGCGAGGCGACAAUGACGGCGUCGCUGAAGACGGCGAACGUCACUUUGCAUGCAAACCGUUGCACGGCAUCUUUGUCCGCGAAGAGCAGCUUGAUGCCUUUUCGGAACGAGACAGGGCAGCGUGUGUCGUGCAGAGUGUCUGGCGACGGUCGCGUGCAUGGCGAACGUUUCGCCACCUCGUGUUUUCACAUGCGUGGAAUCUAUUGGACAGCACGCAAGAGCAUCUCGAUCUGAAGCGCUCUGAGCUCUUCAAGUCGGCAGAACAGACGCUCGCGCAGCUGACGAACACACAACAGUCGGUGUCUCGGACAGUGUCGGAUGUUUUUGUGGCUGGGAUCACGAUCGACCCUUCGUACGCAGGACCGCACUUACGCUGGCCGCUGGAGCUGUCAAAUGUCUUGGAGAUAUUGGAUUCAUUCAAGACGACGCAAGUCAUGCACUACAAGUACGUGCUGGAAGUCCUCAAAGAAGGCGUGCGGUCGCUCGGUCCGUUGCCAACGUUGCAGGAAAUUUCGCUCGUCGAAGGAGAAAAACUCACGGUAGUGGGAGAUCUCCAUGGCCAACUACAGGACCUCUUCUCCAUCUUCUCGGCCAACGGCCUUCCUACUCGGACCAACAAGUAUCUUUUCAAUGGAGACUUUGUGGACCGUGGCAUGUACGGCACGGAGGUAGUCAUGACACUCCUGCUCUUCCGUUUGCUGUACCCGACCAGUGUGUUUCUCAAUCGAGGCAACCACGAGUCCCGGAAUCAAAACUCGUGGAUGGGCUUCGAGGACGAAGUGUGGUUGAAAUAUUCCGGUGCCGACGAAGACGAUUUCGAACGCCCAGCUCUCAUUUUCGAGUGCUUCCAGACGCUGUUCGAGGCCAUUCCACUCUGCGCUGUUCUACAGGAGAAAAUCUUUGUCGUGCAUGGGGGACUGUUUUCGCGCGACAAUGUCACACUGGCUCAUUUGCGCGGCAUUUCGCGCAAGCGUGAGCCCCCGCUCCAUGAAUCGAACUUCGAAGACAAGAUCUUCGAAGACAUGCUGUGGAGCGAUCCACGUCCCAUUCAAUCGCGGCAGCCGUCGGAGCGUGGUGCUGGCGUGGAGUUCGGCAUUCACGUCACCAACAACUUUUGUUUGGUGAACAAAAUCGCGUUGGUUAUCCGCUCGCACGAGUGCGUACUCGACGGCUACGAGAUCCUUCACGGCGGCCGAUUGAUUACGUUGUUUUCAGCUUCGAGGUACUGCGGAACCCAAAUGAACAAGGGGGCUUUCUUGACCUUAGGACCAGACUUGCAUCCGGAAAUACAGCAGUUUUAUGCCAAUUCCAUGAAUGAGAGCACAUUCGAGGCACCAGAACAGGCACAGAUGCAGGGUGUGUUGGAAGAAGAUACUCUUCGAAUGAUCGCAGAGCGUAUUUGCGAUCACAAGGCGUCAUUGUACUGGUACUUCACGCAGCACGACGAAGAGCACAAAGGCACUGUGCCUAGGUUGGUCUGGGCCGAAGCACUACGGUCCGUGUUGCAAAUCGACUUACCUUUCUUGACGUACCAAUCCAAGCUCGCAGAAGUGGUAGACGGCGACCCUGGACGUAUCAAUUACUCGCAUUUCUUGGCUCGAUACCGCAUUGAGAACGACGCAAUGGAUAACAGCGGCUGGCAAGAAAGUAUUAUUGCGCUCAUUUGCAAGAAGCUGUACCGUGCAAUGGGCGCUGGUGACAUGCAGCAAGCUUUCAAGGUGUUUGAUGCCGACCUAAACGGCUUUAUCGAGUACGAGGAAUUUGUCAGCACGCUCAAGCAGAUGGACACAGGGCUGGCAGAUCAGCAGAUUUUCGAGCUUAUGCGCACCGCCGACACAAAUGACGAUGGACGGAUUGAUUUCAACGAGUUCGCACAACGAUUCGAGGUCAUCUUCACGGACCAAGGCGGAAACCGCGAGAUCGAAGUGGUGGCGCCAUCUCCAGCGGAUCCAGAAACGGAGAUACCUCGUACUGAACAAGGCGAGGCGGUACAGACCGAGCCCAUCUUUGCGCGCCGUGUGUCCUCAGCUGAUGAUCAGUCGACGUUCACACCACGACCCGCAAGCAAUCUGGACGUGGAGACAAUGCAGGCGCUAUUGCAAGUUGGCAAAACAUUGUUUUCGCUUCGCGGAUCGUUGCAGUAUCACUUCUUCCAUUUCGACAAGAACGAUGACGGUGUCCUCUCUCGCAGUGAGUUCGAGCAGGCGCUCCAGCAGUUGGGCUUUCACUUUGAACAAAGUCUGUUAGAUCGGGUGAUGGCUGCUGUGGACAGUGACGGCGGCCAGUCAAUCGACUACAAGGAGUUUGUGGCAGCGUUCAGUGUGCAAGAUGUCAAAGAACAAGCAGCACUCGUGUCCGGCGACCUCACGUGGCAAAACUCGGUGUUGCAGCAGGUCUCGAACGUCUUCUACCAGCACCGCAUUCACCUUCGCAAUGCCUUCCGCAUGUUUGACGCCACGAACAGCGGGGUCAUCAGUCGCGACAAUUUUCGCACGGGUAUCCAAACGUUCAACGUUGUGCUCAAUUCCCCGCUGUCGGAUGACCAGAUUGAAGAGCUGCUGACGUACCUCGAUAGCAACAACGACGGCGUGAUCAGCUACAAGGAGUUCUUCGACGGCUUUCGUGUAGUGGACGUCCGCGUUGAUGAUGACAAGUCGUCCGCGAUAAAGUGUCAAGGAGAACCGACUGUAGAUGGCGAGACGCUUGUGCCUGUUGCCAAGUCGCCGAUCGACUGCGCGUGCGAAGAAUAA